AAGUGCAAACUACUUCAGAUUUUAUGAAUUGAUAGUGAUUUAGGAUAAGUUUCUGUUCGAAGUUGUAUCAAUUAUUACACUCUUUAAAUUUGGAAGUACUCUUAUCAAAUACACCUUUUAGGUGAAAUUGUAGUAAAGGUUCAGUUAAAUUAUGGAUAUUUGCUCGUAUAGGGUUACUGUUGGGUUGUGUUGACAUAUGAGGUGUUUGUGUGUUGUUUUAGUUGGAGUUUUGUUAUUUUUCGUAUAGUCAUGGCUUUAGGGGGGUCUACGUAUUUGCAAGAUGCAACUAUGUUGGAGCAGCUGCUGGAAGAAAUCAAUUUCCAGAGGACAAAAGAGAUGCGGCAGCUCAUGAAGGAUGAUUCGGGCUUUGUGGUGCUGCAAGGAACAACAUACUGGACAGAUUUGUUUGUCAGACACUUCCUGUUCCAAGAGGAGCAAGCUAUUGACUGUGAUGAUCUUCUCUUUUUUGUGAGGAAGAGACAUGUUAAGGGAUCUUCCCGGUAUCUGCCUAAAUAUGAGACGGAUGUCGAGGUGUUCCGCAAGGACUCGAAGAAACUGCCCAUCGGAGACCCGGAGAUCGACUGGGAAGAAACCGUCUACCUCAACCUGAUCGUGCACCAGUUCGACUACACGCUCACGUUGGCGAUCUGCACGCGCACCAGCCCCAAGGAGCUGCAGGUGCUCAAGCGUCAUUCGCAGAAGGUGUACGCGUCGCCCAGCCGGCGGAAGAUGGACACGAAGGGCGAAGGCGAGGAGAUGACCUACCCGCACAUCUGCUUCAUGGUCGACAACUUUGACGAGGUGUUCUGCGACAUGGUGGUGCGCGACGGCGAGAUGGUGUGCGUGGAGCUGGUGGCGCGCGGGCGGGGCUCCGCCGCCUGCGCCGUCAUCUUCCUCGGCUCCAUCCGCUACGACGCGCUCACCGGAGUGUACGACGCCAGGCAAUCGUCGCUGUCGAAUAAGAUGGCGCAGCGGAUGUCGUUCGGUCUGCUGGGCGGGGCGGGAGGCGGGGCGGCGCGCUGCGAGUUCGUUCGCAUGAAGGGUCCGGGCGGCAAGGGGCACGCCGAGGUGGCGGUGUCGCGACCGCGCGGCGCCGCGCCCUCCUCGGCGCCCGGCUCGGCGCCCGGACUCGCGGCGCCCUGGCCCGACGACAUGGACGACCCGGAGGAGCUGUUCCUCUUCCGACACCAGAGGCGGCUGAGCGACCCGAGCGCCAACAUAGCGGGCUUCGUGCGCGGCGGGUGGCGCGCGCGCGACCCCUCUCGCGCGGACCACAGCCGCUCAGAGAACGACGGCCUGGACGCGCUCGGCGACGGCCUGGCGGAGGUGGAGGCGGGCGACCUGCGAGACGAGCUGGACGACGGCGCGUACAACCCGCUGUGGGCGAUGCGCGGCUUCACGCAGACCUUCCACCUAUGGAAGGAGGGCAAACGGCAGCAGUCGGCGCCCCUCAACGCCUACCUCACCUACGUCACGCUGCCCUGGUGGGCCAUCGCCAAAGAUAUCCUAGACCACCGCGAGGAACCCGUGCUGACGUUCUGAGCGUGUGCCCCGCCCUCCGCGCCCUCGCGGACGUCGC